AUGGAUCGAGACCAGGGCGCGUCGGACAACCUUCUAGAACGCAAAAACAUCCUAAUAGCCUCCAUCAUGACCUCCUACCGCGACCUUAUAACCCACGCCACCUCCCCCAUCACCUCUGCCACAGCCUCCCCGGGCCACGCAGGUUACUCGAGCAUGGCCCUCUCGACCGCAAUCCACGCCGCUGUAAAGUACACCGAAGACUUGCUCUCUCUAACCCGCACACUGCGCGAGUUGUGGGUCGUCGGCCCGUUGACGGGCCCAGGGGAGAAAGAUGCGCAAGCGGAGGAGGGCAUGGCGAAAGAUGCAGAGGUUGUGUGGGACGUGUUGAAUGAGAUGAGGGAUCGGGAGAGGGAGAGGAUGAUGGCGGCUUUGAUGGAGGGAGAUACGAGGGUCAGGGGGGCGGUGAGGUUUGAGAGAGGGGACGUUGAGGUGGUAGUUGCGGGGCAGGGGCAGCAGAUUGAGAUGGGGAGGGGGGUAAAUGGGGAGGUUAAGAGCGAGGGGGCGUAA